AAUUCUGCUCUGUCAGAGAGAGCAUCUGUCAAGCCCACAUUUAAACUGCUGCCUGCCUGUGCAGCAGCUGAGGAACUGUGGAUUUCAUAUUAUAGACUAAAACCCCAUUAAAACUGCUCAAAAUCCUUCCUGCAGCUGCCAGGCAACAACGAAAGAAGAGAGGUAAAUCCUAUUCUUUUCCAACACAACUGAAGCACUAUUAUUUUAGCUCUGGCUGCUUUACAUUGCAGCUCAGCGUUAUUACUAGAAAUAUGGAUACUGAGACGAGAACACAGCACUGCAUUGUCCAGCCAGGAAAACAGCAGAUGUAGAAAGCUUCAAUGCAUCAACUGUCGGGAAGAGUCAACAGUGCUACAAGCAGAACGGACAACUAUAGCUCUUUUGUUUAAUGAAAGAGAGAGAAAAUGAAAGAAAGGGAAAAUUUCAGAAGACUAGGACCCAUAUGAAGAAGGAGGGUAACUCGAAGACAAGAAGACAGAUGGACACUUUGGAUACUGUGAAAAGCAAUCGCAGGAGGCAGACUGUUGGGGGAUGUGCGCAUGUUCGAUAGCAUCUUUUUUGCUGAAGUGAUGGCGUGCCAAAAGUAUUUUCAGUGGGCAUAAUCCUCUCCACAUAGAUGGCCUGACCAAGGAAGAAUAACUGCAAAAGAGACAAUGUGACUGAAUUGGAAAAUGACAGCCAAAGAAUAAUAUUAAGGAGAGGAGCACAUUUUUCGUCACCAAUCUCUCAUAUCCCACUACUGGACAUUUACAACAUGCUUCAGUGGAGGAGAAGACACUGCUGCUUUGCAAAGAUGACCUGGAAUGCCAAGAGGUCUCUAUUCCGCACCCAUCUUAUUGGAGUACUUUCUCUAGUGUUUCUUUUUGCUAUGUUUUUGUUUUUCAAUCAUCAUGACUGGCUGCCAGGCAGAGCUGGAUUCAAAGAAAACCCUGUGACAUACACUUUCCGAGGAUUUCGGUCAACAAAAAGUGAGACAAACCACAGCUCCCUUCGGAACAUUUGGAAAGAAACAGUCCCUCAAACCCUGAGGCCUCAAACAGCAACCAACUCUAAUAACACAGACCUGUCACCACAGGGAGUUACAGGCCUGGAGAAUACACUUGGUGCCAAUGGAAGUAUUUACAAUGAAAAAGGUACUGGACAUCCAAAUUCUUACCAUUUCAAAUAUAUUAUUAAUGAGCCUGGAAAAUGCCAAGAGAAAAGCCCUUUUUUAAUACUACUAAUAGCUGCAGAGCCUGGACAAAUAGAAGCCAGAAGAGCUAUUCGGCAAACUUGGGGCAAUGAAAGUCUAGCACCUGGUAUUCAAAUCACAAGAAUAUUUUUGCUGGGCUUAAGUAUUAAGCUAAACGGCUACCUUCAACGUGCAAUUCUGGAAGAAAGCAGACAGUAUCAUGAUAUAAUUCAACAGGAAUACUUAGAUACGUACUAUAAUUUGACCACUAAAACACUAAUGGGCAUGAACUGGGUAGCAACAUACUGUCCACAUAUUCCAUAUGUUAUGAAAACUGACAGUGACAUGUUUGUCAACACUGAAUAUUUAAUACAUAAGUUACUGAAGCCAGAUCUGCCUCCAAGACGUAACUACUUUACUGGUUACCUAAUGCGAGGAUAUGCACCCAAUCGAAACAAAGAUAGCAAGUGGUACAUGCCACCAGACCUCUACCCAAGUGAGCGUUAUCCUGUCUUCUGUUCUGGAACUGGUUAUGUUUUUUCUGGAGAUCUGGCAGAAAAGAUUUUUAAAGUCUCUUUAGGUAUCCGCCGUUUGCACUUGGAAGAUGUGUACGUAGGGAUCUGUCUUGCCAAGCUGAGAAUUGAUCCUGUGCCCCCUCCCAAUGAGUUUGUGUUCAAUCACUGGCGAGUUUCUUAUUCAAGCUGUAAAUACAGUCACCUAAUUACCUCUCAUCAGUUCCAGCCUAGUGAACUGAUAAAAUACUGGAACCAUUUACAACAAAAUAAGCACAAUGCCUGUGCCAACGCAGCAAAAGAAAAGGCAGGCAGGUAUCGCCACCGUAAACUACACUAGAAAAGACAAUUUUUUUUCAAAUGUGCAAUUUGUAAAUAUUGCUAAAAGCAUGUAGAGUUAAAACUGAUUACAUCCAUAGGACAAGUUUUAGUUAAAACUCAUCACAUAAAGAAAUUCAAAAAGUAUUUUUUUAAUUUCUAAAGAAGGUAAUUCUGAAAACUAUAACAUUAUAUAACAAAACGUUUCCCAAAAGAAUCUAUUUAAAAAACUGUGUAAGAGGAUUCUGUGUAUUAACAUGCAAUAACAAGCAUGCAUAAAUCAGUGGUUUAAGUCUUCUGUUAGGGCCAAUAAAAUAUAUCUGCAUAUAUUUUCCACAUAAAUUUUAAUUCAAGAAAUGAAGACUGUCAAAGAUCCUUCAUUUCAGAUUUAGCUUUUCAUUUUAAUAUAUAAUGAGAUGUAAAUAAAACAUCACUAUCAAUUUUAAGGAAAUUGUAAUUGUGCAAAGGACAAAUUUUUUGACCUAUUUUAGGGUUCUAAAUGCAAUAAGAUUUAGUUGAGUUAUUCCACAAACACAUUAUAAAGUUCAGAUGUUUCAUCAAUGCAGUUCUCAUGAAAGUAUUUACUUUUUAAAAAUAAUUGAGAUAUUCUUUUAAAUUUCUUUUAUUAAUACAUAUAUAGGGAAAAUUAUUUUGACAUGAUAUGAUAAAAUGUGAAAAAUUAAUGUGUCUCAGGCUCAAGUUUUUAUAGUUAUUAAAUGUUUCAAAACAGACAAGUUUUGUUUCCUCACUGGUGUUAAGAACCAAACUACUAUUUCAAUGAGUUAUUCAAUUAGACCAAUUACUGCAUUCUUAAACCGUACCACCAUUUAAUUUCAUGUAUAUCUGACUCAAAUAUAUCUGUAAAAGUAACUGAAGCAAAAGUAAUUACUUAAAGGCACAAACAGGAUGUACUGUUGAAAAAAGAUAAAGAGCGCAGGUGCAGUUUCAUUCAAUACAUUUUUAAGACGCAUGUCUGCCAAAAUGCAACAUACGGGAAGUUUAUUUCCAGACAGAAGGUAUACACAUGCCAAUACUUAAUCAUUUUAUGGCACCUAAUUCUUUCUUGGAGUGCCAACUUUACAAACCUGCAGUUUUUAAUUUGGUAGAUGACAAGUAUUCUGCAUCACAAAUUAAAAAUCUUUUUGGGAGGGAUGGGGAAAACUACAAAUGUUUGACAAACACAAUUCUAGGAUGAACAAUGUAUACAAUGCACUUUUAUCAAGUUUUUAAUAAUAAAGGAAAACAAAAAACUUUACUGAGUGUUAUGAUACAAGUAUUUUCACAGUAAUUUCGUUGGACUCUAACAUGAAUUUUAAAAUCAAGAAAUACUAACCUACUAACUUUAAAAUAGUGUUUUUAUUCCAUACAAGUAUGUAAAUUUGUCAAUCUUAAUUUAGUCAGAAUGUUUCUUAAUUCUAAUAAUCAUUUUUUACCCCGAUUCUAUUAUUAAAGGAUAAAUCACCAGGAAGACAAUUAUAACAUUUGCGAAACUUGAAAACACAGAAAGUGUUUAAGUACUUAUCUCCAUUUCAAAUCAUAGCCUAAGUGUUCUAUUCUAAAUCAAGUGAUUCUGAAAGCUGAUCUGUGUAACACACACCAGAGCUCUUGGUUUCAGUCUGUUUUUCACUUAUUCUUUAUGACUACAGAAACACCAGAAUUAUUAAAUAGAAGUCACACACAAGAGGAUAAUACCAAAUUAGAUCAGUAAGUCCGACAAAAGACAAAAGGAAUCCUUCCCUCAGUGUUGAACAAUGCUCUCUGAUUUAUGCUUCAAAAGUUUAAAAAAAAAAAAAAAGAGUAUGCGUGUAUGCAUACACAGAUGUGUACAUAGAGAACUCGAGUGCUGUUUGUCCAAAUUAUGACUACAGUGGAGGAUCUUUAAAAGACAGUAAUUUUCAGCCAGAAAAAGUUUUUUUUUUUUAAUGACUCAUGAAAAACAGAUUUCUUAACAGACAUCUAAAUUGUUCCUAUCUCAAGCUUCAAUUUAAAAUCUAUAAAAUUUAUAAAAUCUAUAAAAAAUUUUUCUAUUUUUAACAUUAUCUUGAAAAAUGAUAGUAAUCCGACAUCAGACACUGUGAGUCCUCAAAGGGGAGUGGACCAAACAGUAAAGUGUCUUGGUACUGUUGAAAAUCCUUACUUUAAAAUAAAUAUUCUACUAUUAAUUUA